AUGGAGGCAUUCACCUUUGCACUCUCCACUCAGGUGGACCUACCUGUGUACAUCAAGAUCGGUACACUGGAAGGCAAACAGAAGCAGAUUCCAUUCUCGCAACUGGUCCAGAACCCGGAACUACGAUAUCUUGGGUCCUCCCAAAAUCCUGCCUCCGACCUCUUCGUUACAGCCCAGCUAUGGUCGGACUCGAAGCCUCUCGGUGUUCCCCUGCAAACCGCAUACCGAGUGUUCAAAACUAGUCGAGUGUGGAAUGAAUGGCUACAGAUGCCCAUGGUCCUAAAGGACGCUCCAUUUAACUCUCAAAUAGCAAUCACAGUCUGGGACCUGUCUCCACUGGCUGGCGAUGGCUCACAAGAUCAUGAUGUUCCCUUUGGCGGGACAACCAUCUCUUUAUUUGACAAUGAGGGCAAGCUGAAAAUGGGACGGCAGAAAUGCAAGAUCUACCGACACAAAGCAGCGGACGGAUGCUCUUCUACAACGACGCCGUCUAUUCCGGCCCCAAAACGACGGAAGCACAAUGCACGCGACUUACUGGGACCUUCUCCAGAAGAGGCUGAGUUGGAGCGGAUAGAAGUUUUGAUCAAAAAGCACGAGAUGGGUGACAUUACUCGCAUUGAUUGGAUGGACCAAAUGGUAUUCCGUCAAUUGGAGAAGCUCAAGAUGCAAGCGGAAGAAGCCGCCCGGAAGCGAGCACUCCAUCUCAAGACACUCAAACAAAAGGCCGCAGAUGAUGUGGAUGAUGCCGGUAGUUCGGACGAUCAAGAAUUAGAUGAUGAGGGUUUUGUUCUCUAUGUGGAUUUCCCACGUUUUGACCAUCCAAUCGUUUGGGCUGAUCAUCAGUAUCCCCCUCCACCUAUCUCGUCCUAUCCCCAGAACGCGCCCAUUCACCCUAAUUCUGCAUUGAAGCCCGUACCCGAGGUUCGCUUCGGUCCCGGAAUCGAUGGAGGUGAUGGUACUGAGGUUGUCAAGAUCUAUGACCCGGAGGUCGGGCAGACAGGAAAUCCUUGUGAAGACAAACACCGGCGAUUGAUUCGCAGUCACAGGACCGGAUUCAUGGAUCGAGACUUACGACCUAACCCGAAGAAUCGUGAUGAAUUGAAUGUCAUAUUGUCUUACGAGCCGACACAGGAUCUUACCGCCGAAGAAAAGGACCUCAUAUGGAGAUUCAGGUACUACCUUACCCGAGAAAAGAGAGCCUUAACCAAGUUUGUCAAAUCGGUCAAUUGGCGGGAUGAGGGAGAAUCCCGACAAGCAGUGGAAAUUCUUCCCAAGUGGACCGAGAUUGAUGUUGAUGAUGCUUUGGAGCUUCUGGGUCCCACAUUCGAUAACCCGGCUGUGCGUUCUUAUGCGGUCGCAAGACUUCGCAAAGCAGAUGAUGAAGAGCUCCUCCUCUAUCUUCUUCAACUUGUGCAGGCGCUGAAGUAUGAGGAAAACUCCGAAAAUGAUGUAGAUGAAGCUGCGCACGACUCUUCCCUUGCUAACUUUAUUAUCACACGGGCCACGGAAAACUUCAAGUUUGGAAACUACCUUCAUUGGUAUCUCAUGGUUGAAUGUGACGAUGCCGGCCCUGGAACUUUGUCCAACCAGCGUCGACUCUUUGCCCGGGUUGAAUAUUACUUCAUGGCCGAAUUGGAAAAGGUCCACGCAGAGCAUCGAAAAAUCCUCUUGCGCCAAGGUGAAAUGAUUGCCGUGCUCUCGAAGAUUGCGAAAGAUAUUCGUUUCUCCCGUGAGAGUCGACCCCUGAAGAUCGAGAAGUUGAAGAAGUCUCUUCGUGACCCGAAGCAUGAUUUGAUUCAGAUCGAUCCACCACUGCCCCUGCCGUUGGACCCAGAUGUCUCGGUCAUUGGGUGUUAUCCUGAUCAGUCUAAUGUCUUUAAAUCAACAUUAUCUCCUCUUCAUAUCACGUUCAAGACGGCCGAGGGUCGCCCUUACCCCAUUUUGUUUAAAGUUGGAGACGAUCUUCGUCAGGACCAAUUGGUCAUUCAAAUUAUCAGCCUAAUGGAUCGUCUCUUGCAGAAAGAGAACCUUGACUUGAAGUUAACACCGUACCGGAUCCUUGCUACGAGCUCCACGGCCGGUGCUGCUCAAUUCAUCCCAUCCACUUCACUUUCUGCCGCAUCCGCAAAAUACAAAUCUAUUCUGGCGUAUCUUAAAGAGCACAACCCGGACGAGAAUGAGCCCCUGGGUGUUCGCAAAGAAGCCAUGGAUACUUAUAUAAAGUCCUGUGCAGGCUACUGCGUGAUCACCUACCUUCUUGGAGUCGGUGAUCGGCAUCUGGAAAACCUUCUCCUUGCACCAGACGGUCACUUUUUCCAUGCCGACUUCGGUUUCAUUCUCGGGCGGGAUCCCAAGCCAUUUGCUCCAAUGAUGAAGCUCUGCCAGGAGAUGGUCGAGGGUAUGGGUGGGACCACUUCCCCGCACUACCUGCAGUUCAAGCAAUAUUGCUAUACUGCGUAUACCACAUUACGGAAGUCUGCCAAUUUGAUUCUGAAUCUCUUCAGCUUGAUGGUCGAUGCGAACAUUCCAGAUAUCCGUGUUGAACCUGACAAGGCUGUCUUGAAGGUCAAAGAGCGCUUCCAUCUGGAGAUGACGGAAGAGGAAGCCAUUCGUCAUUUCGAGCAAUUGAUCGCAGACAGUGUCAAUGCUAUAUUCGGCGUGGUCAUCGAUCGCUUGCAUGAGUUUGUGCAAGGCUGGAGGGCCUAG